UUUGUCACUUAAACUGUAAACAUGAUGUAUAGUUGAUGCCAGAAUAAGGAGUGAAUUUUCCUGUAAUUGGAUUAAUUGGAUCAGCCAGUAGUUUGGCCGUUACUUUGACCUGAUGCUCUGAAGUUAACUUGCUUUGGAGCAUGUUAGCCCUGCAGCAUGAGUUACUAUGGUGAGCUAGCUCUAGGAAAAGUCAGCCAGCUUUGUGGAAACCUGGGCUAAACUGAAGAUAGACAGCUUACACGCUAAUCAUGAUUGGUAAUACAGGUCGCAUGGAAAGAGCACCUGUACUCCUUUUCAUUCAUGCAGCUGUGUAGUCUAGUCUAGAUUUUGCAUUAGAUGAUGCCUGAUGCUAAUCAUGGCAAACCGGCAUUUUAAAUGGAAUAUUUACAGCAGCAAUGCUGUUGAUGGCUUCAUUUUUUUAAUAAUAAUGAGUGUGUACAGUAAUGUUUCUACAAGUAAAUACCAGUUGGGACUGGAAAAAUAACAUGACAUCUGUGUUAUUAAGGUGCAUUCAUUGUACUACUCAAGCGGCUUUCUGUUAAAAUAGCUACAGUAAAUAUGCAGAUACUUUUCUAUUGGUAGUUCACCCCUUGGAGUAAUGGGGUUAUGGUAAAAAAUAAAAAUAAAAAAAUAAAGCAGUAUUAAUAAAUCAUCUCAAACUGUUGAAAUAUUUUUUAAAUGUUGCAGAAUUUUUGUUUUUGCAAACCUUUUCUGCUUCUUCAGUUCAGCUUUGACAAAGUCUCCAGGAUUCCCGUUUCAAAUAGAAAGCACUAAAGGCAUUUUAAAAAGUUGAGAAUCACCUUAGAUGAAGUAGCAACUGGUUACACAUGAUCACAGACCACAUUCUGGCUGCUCUGCCAUCUCUGCUAGGCUGAUAUGUUAGAUACUAACCACAUCCUGUGCUAACAGUAACCAGUUCACUUUGUUUAGGCCUUUGUGCCCAGUUUGACUGUGAAACAAGGAAGUAAUUUUAAGAAAAGAAAUUAUGAAUACAGAUCUACAGCUGCACUGGUAGGCAGAGGCUUUGCAAACACACACGGUCACAAGACCACAACAACACUGAAAUCAUACACGCACAGUCACAGGACCAUAGCAACACAAAAAUCACACACCCGUUAAAGUGAAAGAGGCAGAUGAGACACAGCAACUUGAUGAACUAAAAAAAAAGAAGAAAUAUUUUACCCAAGUGACAAAAGAAAAAAAAAAGUGAGCAAGAAAGAAGUAUUUCAGAAGGGGUAAGUUUCUUUUAGAUUUUUGUUUUCAUGAAGACAGGAUAUUAUAUUUUUUGUGGUGACACAACCUUCUUUCUAGCUAAGUGCUUCAGAAGAUUAUACUGUGUUGUUGCUGAGUGGUAGCUCCUCAGCUCCUCUAUGAAGACCUCAUUUGUAUGUCUGAUAAUAUACUUACUGAUAGUGACUGCACUACAUACAUGGGGUUUUCUACUGUCAUUACGUGAGCAGACAUGGUCAAUACAGCAUCCUCUUAAGCACUCAGGAUUCCAGUAAUGUGCUCUGAUAUGCUCUAGGGCGGGUCACUCUGUCUCCUUCUGGCUUGCUCCUGUUUAUCUCAUCUAUGCCACAUUUAGCAUCUUAAGAUGCAGCACAAUGGGAUUCAGAUACACUGAUCUCUACCAGAUGCAUUGCUGCGUACUGCUUUGUUUUUGACUUGGUCAGAUUUUGAAUCCAUUAAGCAAUCUUGAAGAGGAAGAUUUACUUGUGACCCCUGGAGCGAGAGGCCAAGAUGGAGAUGUCAGAGAUGUUUGGAUUCCGCCUGGAGACAGACGACAGGACAGAGGAGGAGAAAUUGCGACAAAAAAAGAAGAAAGAGAAGAAAGAUGCCUUGGUCUGUGCUUUGAGUUUGGAUAUGGAGGCCCCAAAGGCUCCCAUGGACACUGAUUACCAGGAGGAAAUGGAGAAGCCCAAGCCUCAACUCAGAAUAGAUCUCGGAUUUGACAAAAAGAUUCGAGGUGAGGAGCAGAACAUUAAGAAGAGAGAGAGCCAGACAUUUAACAUCAAUAAAAUGUUUGAAGCAGUGGCCAACAGGGAUGUCAGAAGCCUGGAUGGCCUGGAGCAGUACCUGCACCAAAACAUGAAGAAACUCUCUGACUCCUUGUAUAGGUCCUAUGGGAAAACUGCCCUGAUGAAGGCUCUACUCCACCUCAAAGAUGGCAAGAACGAGACUGUGGAGGUGUUAAUCGGCAUCUCAGAGAGGCUGGGUGACAUCAGAGAGUUUGUGAAUGCAGCCUACACCGACAGCUAUUACAAAGGCCAAACAGCUCUCCAUAUAGCCAUUGAGAGGAGGAGUCUUCCCUAUGUGCAGCUGCUGGUCAGUAAAGGAGCAGAUGUCCACGCCAAAGCCUGUGGGAAAUUCUUCCAGCCACAUGAUGGACCCAGUUUUUACUUUGGUGAGCUGCCUUUGUCUCUGGCAGCCUGCACCAACCAGCCCAACAUCGUGGACUUCCUUAUGGAGAAUGAGUACCAGCAAGCAGACGCAAAGCUGAGAGACUCUCAUGGCAACAUGGUGCUGCAUGCUCUGGUGAUGGUGGCUGACAACUCCAAAGAUAACACAGAGUUCAUCACCAAAAUGUAUGACCGCAUCCUUAAGACCAAUGCCCGACUGCAUUCGAAGCUGAAGCUGGAGGACAUCGAGAACCAAAAUGGGCUAACGCCUCUCAAAAUGGCUGCCAAGACAGGCAAGAUAGGGAUAUUUGCACACAUCCUGAAACGGGAGUUUCAAGAGGCUCACAACAAGCAUUUGUCUCGUAAAUUCACUGAAUGGGUUUACGGGCCUAUUCACUGCUUCCUGUACGACCUGGCCUCUGUGGACUCGUACGAGGAGAACUCCGUUGUGGAGAUACUGAUCUACGGCAGUGACAUUCCUAACCGUCACGAGAUGCUCCAGAUGGAGCCUCUGAGCCGACUGCUGGAAGAAAAGUGGAAGAAGUUUGCAGGUCGAAUGUUUUUCUUAAAUUUACUGAGCUACUUCCUUUACCUGGUCAUCUUCACCACUGUGUCUUACAAUAGGAAGAAUGGAGAGUUGCCGUUUCCCCUCGAGCACACCACAGUGGAUUACCUGUAUGUCUCAGGCCAGCUAGUGACAGCACUGGCAAACUGCUAUUUCUUUAUUAUAGGGAUCAUAGACAUGAAGAGGAAGCGCCCAAAGUUGCAGACCUUGCUGAUUGAUGGCUACUAUGAGAUUCUUUUUUUUGUGCAGGGCAUCCUGUUCCUGGUCUCGGCUGGGUUAUACCUAUGUGGGCAGCAGGAGUACAUCAGCUUCCUGGUGCUGUGUCUUGCUCUCAGCUGGGUGAACCUGCUCUACUACUCCAGGGGCUCCAGACAUAUGGGCAUCUACAGUGUCAUGAUACAGAAGAUGAUCCUUGGUGAUAUUAUACGCUUUCUUUUUGUCUACAGCGUCUUCCUCCUUGGAUUUUCAGCAGCGGUGGUCACCCUGCUAAUAGAGCCUCCCAUGAAAAACACCUCUGACAGUGCAAAUGAGGGGCCUCCCAUGAAAAACACCUCUGACCUUGCAAAUAAGAGGCGUAGUAUGUUUGUUACCGUUGACCCUGGGGAGCAGUGUGUAAAACCCACCUACAGAAACAUCUCCUACACCACGCUGGAGCUCUUCAAGUUCACUAUCGGCAUGGGCGACAUGGAGUUCACUGAGGGCUACCAGUACAAGGGGGUCUUCUACCUGCUCCUCAUUGGCUACAUCAUACUCACCUACAUCCUGCUGCUGAACAUGCUCAUUGCCCUCAUGAACCGCACUGUGGAAAAGACCACCAUGGAGAGCGCCAGCAUCUGGAAGCUGCAGAGGGCCGUCACUAUCCUGGACAUGGAGAAAAGGCUGCCUUUCUGCCUGAGAAAGAGGCUUCGCUGUGGUGUGGAGAAAAACCUGGGCACCGCAGAAGGAGAUGACCGUCGCUGGUGUUUCAGAGUGGAGGAAGUCAACUGGAACAAAUGGAAUACCAACCUGGGCAAAAUCAAUGAGGAUCCCGGUUGCUGCGAUCGUGUCCAACAGCCUUCAUCACACACCUCGCUGAACAGCACAAACCGAGGGAGGAGCUGGAGAGGCUUAGUCGCGCGGCAGACACAUCAGUCCACAGAGAUGGUUCCUCUGAGCACAACACCAGUCUAAAGAGUGCCUCACUUGGGUUGUACAGCUCGGCUGACCUGAGCAAUGAGGCAUUCAGACUGAAAGACUGUAUUCAUUUUCAGUUACCCAAUAAAUUUAACUGCCAAAUGGUUAAACUGUCAUUCUGACUGAUACUCCAGUGUCUGGUUGAUUUUAAAUGUAGUCUCUGAGGCAGUACAUGACUGAUAUGAACAGUGAUGAGAAAGCUAUUGUAAACAGUUGUCCAUAUGACUGACAUAAUGGUGUGUACAAAAAAAACAAAAAAGUUAUUAAUGCUGAAUGCUGCAACAAGUGCUGCUUAAAUACCAAAGAAAUCAUGCAUUUCAAAUACUUUAAACUGUUAUAGGCUCCUGUAAAUGCUGUUUCUGCCACAGGAAGCUCAUCUUCUCCGCACAAAGGCUGCAACCUAAGGCAACUCUGUCAAUGCUCACAACUCUUUAUGGAGCAGUACUGAUCACAGAGGUGGUGAUUUUGCCCUCCUAUUGAGUUUGACUCAGCCAGACAAGCUAAAUCUACUGCAGCCAGAUAGUCCCGCAGAUUUCACAGCUUGCUUUGUCUACUCAGCUUCCUUUUUCUCCUUGGCAAAUGCAGGCUCAUAAAAAUGGCAUGAAAACACAGCAAUUGGUGCAACAAUCACCACCUUCGACACCAGCUGUCGCAGUUACAAAUUAUAUGUGGCUUAGACAAUCCUUGUGGACUAUUCAGCCACUUGUUAGACUGAUUAUGUAAGAAAUGUGUGUGAUAGUACCGUACCUUAACAGUCAGGCAGUACUUACUGUAUCUAAGCUCAUGUGAAAGGAGACACCUGCUAUCAGAUUGGACAAAUAAAUGAAUGUUCAGAUCAUCCAGACUCAUUUCAAAGCAUAAAUUAGAAUUUUAUUUUAUUAUUACAAUAUUACAAAAAGAGUGGCACAACUCUCACACUCUUGCCUCUUAUCUGUCAAAGAUGACACAAAAGAAAGGCUUAUGAUCAUCUUCUGUUUCACAGCAAUAGUACAAGGAAAAAAGAUGAAAAUAAAACUUAAAUAACAAGCAAAUCAAAUAUUAUAAAUAGUCACAACUGCAAAUUGAAGCUUUGAAACUUGGGAAAAUGUUACAACUCCAUAACUACACAUAGCUAAAAUAUAUAAUUACAAAAUAUUACUCCUUUUCUUGCUUUCCAUAAUAAAGAAUUCUCAUCUACCCAACAAAAUGUCAUUAAAGUAAAAAGACCAGAGAAAAAUGCUGUGUGUUUUCUUACCAUCUUUUUUCUCCUUGUUUGGAGUUUUCAUGAAAACCAUGCUCAUUUUCAAAGGAAAGUCCAAGGACCAAACACUUAAGGCUUUUUAAGGGCUGUCAGGGAAUUAGGUGAACAAAAUAUGGGCGUCAUUGUCUCUCUCUCUACACACACACACACACACACACACACGUACAAUCUCUCUCCCCCUCACACACACAGCUGUACCCACAUCAGCAGGCAACAUUCACACACAGUCAUUGAACUUUAAAGUUACAGUAGUCUAGUAGGUAAGCCAGUGUACAAUAAAAUAAACAAUGCAUUUGCAGAUUUACUUUAAACUCGAGUCAGUUUCGUUUAUCUUCAAGGAAUCUUGCAAGUGAUCAAUUUGUCUGUUCACAUUGGAGUCGGCAGCGGCUACACAAACCUUUAGUCACUGACGUUCCUGCUGUCAGGAUCAAAACUCUGGUUAGAUUCUACAUAACAUUAGUAACACUACUACUCCAUGUGAUCCAGAUUUUUCCUCAUCACUAAUUUCUCCCCUUCAACACCUGCAAAACAAAUGAUCUCAACAUUAAUGUAAUGCAUGUGUCAUGGUUACAAAACCAGAAGAGGCAAACAAAAAUAAAAUGGUACAUCCUCAUAACAGUGUAUCCUUGUGAACCUGAUUCUGACUAGUUUAAGGUAUGACAGUUAAGCUUCCUUAACUUCUGCACUUAAUAUAUUUUACACAAUCUUUUUGCAUCCUGGCACUGAAUUAACACCUGACUUAACUGCAUUUUAAGCAGAACAGAGCUUCACAUUUUAAAAAUUUUCUCCCUACUGGAUUUUAUAAUGUACGAUCUGAAUACAAUGCUUCCCUAAAUCGUUAUAUUUAAAAAGAAGAAAACUGCUGUGUACAUGUACUUACCACAAAUUUUCCAGCUGGACUUUGUAGUCUCCAUUGUCUGGUGACUUAGCACUGAAACAGGAUCACUACUAUUUUCUGCCCUUAAUGGAUUGUUUAAUCUUGAACUAGCAAUAAGAUUUAUGUCAACAAAUUCCUGAUACAACCCUGUAAAAACAUCACUAGAUUUCUGUUUUUCCUCUUUCUUACACGCAUAUGAAAAACUUUACCAUCAGGUCUGAAGUAGAAACAACACAGGAUUUGUUGAGAUCUACACACACAGAAGCGUAUGAGGUAAAGUGACACACAGUACACACAUGAACACACACACAUGAACACACACACAUGAACACACACACACACACACACACACACACACACACACACACGAGUUUCCUAAAGUGCCAGGUAUAAGCACUAAUUAACAAAAAUAAAAGCAGGAAUUGAUCACUUGCAAGAUUUAUUUUAAAAAAAUUACUGUUCUUCAUUACAUAAAUGAAUUUACCCUCCAUUUGUUUAAGCUUUCAGUUUAGUUUUACUCAUGAGUUUCCUUUCUUAAGACUAAACAAAGGGGUUUGAGAACUGCUGUGUAGACAAGGCCAUAGCUUAUCUGUACCCUGGGUGCUGGAUGAGAGCGGGUCUGC